AUGACCGACGAAAAUGGUAUUACCAGGCGCUCGAUGUCACCCACACAACAACAACAACAACCAAUAAUGCACACCCAAGCACAACAACAAGCACAAUCGUUUGCUAAAGACCCCCGGUUACAACCUCCAACACGUACUAGGAUAAGGCAACAGAAAUUAAAGUAUACAUUUGUGGGUUACAUCAUUGUCUUGAUAUUUCUAGCCAUCACACAAGUUAUUGGUGUGUUAUUUUUCAAAGAAGGUUUCUUAUUGUCUAGGACAGUAUUACCAAAUAUUUCAACAUGUAAAGAGCAGAAUGAUUGCAUGAAUCCAAGAUUCGAAAAGGCCAUAUUUUUAGUGAUAGAUGCUUUAAGAUUCGACUUUGUGAUACCCAUACCUGGUUCUGAAGAAUACUAUCACAACAAUUUUCCAAUUUUAUACGAUUUAGCCAAUUCAAAGUCAGAUCAUGCAGUACUUUUGAAAUUUAUGGCUGAUCCGCCAACCACUACUUUGCAAAGACUCAAAGGGUUAACAACUGGUUCAUUGCCAACUUUCAUUGAUGCCGGUUCAAAUUUUGAUGGUGAUGCCAUUGAUGAAGACAAUUGGUUAUUACAGUUGCAUAGAAUCAAUAAAACUAUAGCAUUUAUGGGUGAUGAUACUUGGAAGGCUUUAUUUAGUGAGUACAUUCAUCCUGAUUACAACUUUCCUUAUGAUUCAUUGAACGUAUGGGAUUUGCAUACAGUAGAUAAUGGUGUUAUUGAACAUAUGUACCCAUUAAUAAGUAAAGAAAAUUGUACGAAAUGGGAUUUGCUAGUGGGACAUUUUUUGGGGGUUGACCACGUAGGACACAGAUAUGGCCCACGACAUUAUUCCAUGAAAGAAAAGUUGAACCAAAUGAAUGAUGUGGUUACUAAAGUAAUUAAAAGCAUGGAUGAUAAAACACUUUUGGUUAUAAUUGGUGAUCAUGGUAUGGAUUCAACAGGUAAUCAUGGAGGUGAUUCCAAAGAUGAAUUAGAAAGUACUUUAUUCAUGUAUUCUAAGUCCAAAAAGUUCUUAAAGAAAGACAAGUCACAUUACAAUAUAACUGAUAUGGGUAAGAACUAUAGAUCAGUGAAUCAGAUUGAUUUGGUUCCAACAAUGUCACUAUUACUUGGAUUGCCAAUUCCUUACAACAACCUUGGAUUCCCAAUUGAUGAAGCAUUUGGAAGUAUCAAAGAAUUGUCGACAGCGUCUCAAAAGACAAUUGAUCAAAUUAAAAAAUUCAGAAAGGAUACCCCAAGUUUAUCAGACUCAUUACUUGAAGAAUAUGAUUCAUAUAAUUCAAACUAUGAUACAUUUGGUGCAUCCAAGAAACAUUUUUCUAAUUUGAUAGAGCAAGCCAAAUUGUAUCAAUAUCUUUCAUUGGAACAGUGUAAAGGAUUAUGGGCCACUUUUGAUUUAAGAUUCAUUGGCAUUGGACUUGGUAUUUUAUUCCUUUCUUUGACAUUUAUGAUUACAUAUUCUAGAUCAAUUCCGGCUGUUAGAGUACUGACAAUGUCGUUUGAGUUUAUUGGUUCAGUUAUAGCCAUGUCCAUCAUGGGAUUGGUGUUGAGUUUUUCUAUUUUCAUUGUCUUAAAACCUGGUGACUUUACCUUGAACAUCUGCUUAUCUAUAGGUGCAGCAUUGGGAAUGGUUAUUGGAUUUUGGGCACCAAUUAUGGAUAGAUUCAGUGUUGGGUUCCUUUGGCAUCAAACAAUUGAUUUCUUCUUGUACAAUUUUAACUCGUGGUCAUUUAUGGGGAUUGUGUUUGUUGCCUUUCACUGCUUGAUCUUUGCAUCCAAUUCAUAUGUUGUUUGGGAAGAUAAGAUGGUUCAAUUUUUUUUGUUGACAUUUGGUGGUACCUGUAUUUAUGCAUGUUACACCAGUAAUAAACUUCUGGAGAAGGCAAAGGUAUUAGCACUUCUGCAUGCUAUUACUUUCACCAUGUGUACCAGAUUGGCAUCCAUGAUUAAUUUAUGUCGUGAAGAACAAAGACCAUAUUGUACUCCAACUUUUGCUACUUCCUGGUGGUCAAUUUUGUUGUUACAUCUUGUCGCUUAUUUAUUACCAGCAUGCAUCAAGUCAUUUUAUCAUUUAUCAGACUCCUAUCACUCAGCAGCACCUUUGUGGAUAGGUACUGGGUUAAAGUUUUUGCUAUUCAUGAAUGCAGUAUAUUGGACUUUUGAAUUUGUUUCUACAAAUGAGUAUUUCAGUAAAAUUAACUUAUUAAUUGGUACGUCUUUACUUGUAUCGUUCAAGUUAGCGAUAGCCAGAUUGGUCUUAUUUAUUUCAUUAGUUUUGGCUAAUUUCAGUUGGUCCAGGGGUCCAUUGUGUGUUAAAUUAGAGUUGUCCAAUAGUGCUAAUAAUUCUAUCCACUUGGAAGAAACAGACGAUGAUGAUAAUUCCGAUAGUGACCUGAGCAACAAUAAAACUGCCACCAUUCUUGGAUAUGGCAAUGUCUAUGGGUCGUCCUACUUUUUGUUGGUUUUGAAUUUCACGGUUGCAAUUAUGUUGACAACAAAACCAAUUGGUGCAUUAUCAAUAAGUUUGUUAAUUGUUCAAAUACUUUCUCUUUUGGAGAUUCUUGAUGUGUUAGAAAUUAGAAAGAACUUAAUCACCCCUAUAAUAUUUGGAUUGUUGGGUUAUCAACAUUUCUUCAGUACCGGUCACCAAGCAACAUUACAAUCUAUUCAGUGGGAAAUGGGAUUUAUGACUACUGAGACCAUUGUUUUCCCAUUCACACAUUUAAAUAUAUUUUUGAAUACGAUGGGUCCAUUUCUUUUAACAGGAUUGGCCAUUCCAUUGAUCACAAUAUGGAAGAUCAUACCAUCCUCAAAGCCAAUAACCCUUUUAUCUCAAAUAAUAACUAACAUAACAACAUUAAUUACAUAUCACUUGUUCACUGGUCUCAGUAGUUUGUUAUUUGCUGCUCAUUUCAGAAGACAUUUGAUGGUGUGGAAAAUAUUUGCACCUAGGUUUAUGUUGAGUGGAAUUUUGAUUAUAAGUUUGAACAUUUUUCUUAUCUUCAUUACCUUGUGGUUUGGAACAGGUAGAAUUUUGUCCCAAAUUAAUAGAAUUUUUGGUAAAUAA